AAAAAAAAAGGAAAAAUCAUUAAUAUCUCCGAAGUUCGUAAAAAUGUUUUUUCCCCAAUUUUUCUUCUCCCUUUACUGAUUUUUGCAAUGGAAGAAGAACUCAACGGAAAAUCAAACGGCGCCGGAGAUGAAGCAGAAAAAGAAGAAGAAGAUAUUCAAAACGGCGUCGUUUUUGUUGAACUGAAAGAACACUGUAUGCAGUUGUUGGAACUCCUUCAAAAUUCCGAGAAAGAUAAUUCCUUUCUUCCCCAACUGCUUCAUCUUCUCCGCCGAUCUCCGUCGCACUCCCUCCAGCCAUUCUUUGACUACACUUUGUUUCCGUUACUGCUUCUAUUCGACGCAGCUGUAAAUUCUCGAUCCACGACAAAAUUAAACUCCAAAAACAACAACUCUCUCGAGUUCGAUGCCUUAGUGACAUCACACAAAGUGAGCGACACUGUGGCGGAGUGUGUUGUUCUUUGUUUGGAAGAAGUCCUUAAGAAGUGCCGUUUAUUGUCCGUUGAUCAGAUGGUUGUUAUACUAAAGAAAUUGGCCUACGGAGCAAUGCUUUCUCCAGCGGAAGCUUCCGAAGAGUUCCGUGAUGGAGUGAUAAAGUGUUUUAGGGCACUGCUUCUUAAUUUACGUACAUGUUCUGACGAAUCUUGUCCAUGCAAACAAAUUGAUGAUUUUCCUGUUUUUAAGGAGUUGCAGUUUCCCGUUUUUAAUAAUUCAAUAUCGGUCACGGAAGAGUGUUUGUUAGCGUUUCUUCAGUCGGAAAUUGCUUCUGCUGCGAUUGGACACUGGCUCUCGCUUUUGCUCAAGGCUGCAGAUAUUGAGGUUGCACGAGGUCACCGUGGCAGUUCGAGGCUUCGUGUUGAAGCUUUGAUGACACUUCGAGUGCUUGUUGCAAAGGUUGGUACUGCAGACGCAUUGGCUUUUUAUUUACCAGGCUUUGUCAGCCAAACGGGAAAAAUAUUGCACACAUCAAGAACAAUGAUUAGUGGGGCCGCUGCAAGUACAGAAUCAUUAAACCAGGCAGUUAGAGGGUUGUCUGAAUAUCUUAUGAUAGUUCUCGAUGACAAUUCCACUUCAUCUAUUCUUCAUGCCCCUGAAAAUGACGUUUUUGCCCUCGAUUCAAAUAAAACGAAGCCUCUUUCAUCGUAUCUUGAAGAACUUCGUCAACUACCUGUUAAAAAUGCCGUGCAAAGUGAAGUUAUUACAGAAUCUGUUGACAGAGGUACCAUGAUUUCUGUCGGAGAUUCCGACUGUAAAAUUGGUUCACUACGUGUUAAACGUACGGAAAAAUGGUUGGCCGAAACUACUUCUCAUGUUAAUAAAUUAUUAUCUUCGACUUUUCCACAUCUUUGUGUUCAUCCGAAUAGAAAAGUGAGGCUCGGGGUUUUGGCUUCUAUACGAGGGCUUUUACGUAAAUGCAGCUACACAUUGAGAGAUAGCAGAUUGAUGCUUUUGGAAUGCUUGUUCGUUUUGGUAUGUGAUGAUUCAGAAGAUGUUUCUUCAGAAGCACAGACAUUUACGGAGAUUCUGGUUUCUUCCGGAAAGAAUCAAAUCGAACAAGACAUGUCCGAGGUUUUUAGCAGGUUAGUAGAAAAGCUUCCUCGAGUGGUAAUGGCUGAUGAGGAGUCGCUUGCACUGUCACACGCUCGAAAGUUACUUGCGGUUACAUAUUAUGGUGGUCCCCGCCUUGUUGCAGACUACCUUCUUGUCUCUCCCGUGGCAGCUGCUCGUUUCUUGGACGUUUUUGCCCUCUGUUUAAGUCAGAACUCGGUUUUUGCGGGCCCACUCAACCAGCUUGCAGCAAAAAGUCCAUCGAAAUCAGGAUUCAUGCAUUCGAUAUCCGAAAUCAAGGCUAUCACUACCAUUGCUCACGAAGAAAAAUCCGAAUUUUUAGGGUCUCAAAAUCGGAAUAAAUCUCGCCCAUAUGAACACGUAAAGAACGAAUACGAGUUACCUAACAUGCCACCUUGGUUUGUUCAUGUGGGUAGUCGAAAGCUAUAUCAAGCUCUUUCUGGAAUUCUUCGAUUAGUUAGUCUAUACAUUUUCACAGAUUCUAGAAAUGAGGGAUCUUAUUGUGUCCUAAUCGAUAUUCUCCUGGGGCAUUUUCGUAAUUUAACAUCCGAGUUACGAACAAGAGAGCACCGUAACGACAGCUGGCAGUCGUGGUACAAGAGAACGGGGUCGGCCCAUUUGGUGAGGCGGGCCAGUACCGCUUCGUGCAUUUUGAACGAGAUGAUUUAUGGGCUUUCAGAUCAAGCUAGUACCUCCUUUAAUGGAAUGUUCCGGAACAAGGGCAUUUACGUAAAUAGUAACGGGAACAAAAAUGCUCGAAUCCAUUUGAUCGAUUGCAUCGGUAGUAUCUUGCAUGAAUACUUAUCCCCCGAAAUAUGGAAUAUUCCGCUUGGAUUCUCGGAUUCUCUCGAACAAUUUGGAGAAGAUGGAGACAUAAAUUUGCAUGUUUUUAACGAUAAUGGAAUGCUUCACCAGGUUAUUAUUGAAGGGAUAGGCAUUUUCAAUAUCUGCCUCGGCGAAGAAUUUUCAUCGAGUGGAUUUCUUCACUCUUCACUUUAUAUGUUGCUCGAAAAUAUUAUAUGCUCGAAUUUCGAAGUCAGAAGGGCAUCCGAUUCUGUCUUACACGUUAUCUCUGCUACACAAAAUUGCCCAACUGUGGGACACUUGGUAUUAGCAAAUUCGGAUUAUGUAAUCGAUUCAAUUUGUAGGCAACUGCGCCACUUAGAUCUCAAUCCACACGUGCCUAAUGUACUUUCUGCCAUGCUUUCUUUCGUUGGAGUAGCUGAUAAAAUAUUGCCGUUAUUGGAGGAGCCGAUGCAUGCAGUUUCUAUGGAGCUCGAAAUUCUCGGGAGGCAUCAUCACCCGAAUUUAACUCUUCCCUUUUUGAAGGCAGUUGCGGAAAUAGCCAAAGCCUCAAAACACGAGGCUGACAAGUUACCAAAUCAAGCAGAAUCGUACAAAAAAGAUAUGAAUGCAAAAAUGUCGGAAUUGAACUCCGGAAUUCGCAUGAAUGACGCUAAUGUGCCGGAGGAGGAAUUGGAAUCUAUUAUAUUCAAGUUCAAUGAUUCCAAAAGAUACCGAAGAAUAGUCGGAUCUAUAGCGGGGUCGUGUCUAGUUUCUGUAACUCCGUUAAUUGCUUCGGCGGACCCCGCUUCUUGCUUGACAGCAUUGGAUGUAAUCGAGGAUGGUAUUAUUGUACUUUCGAAAGUGGAAGAAGCAUACAAGCACGAGAGUGAAACGAAAGAAGCAUUACGAGAAAUAAUCGAGUCGUGUUCGUUUUACAAUCUUCUAGAUACUCUCGGUGCCGACGAGGAUGAGACCAUAGAGAAUAGAUUGCUCCCUGCAGUGAAUAAAAUUUGGCCUUUCUUGGUUUCUUGUUUUCGGAGUAAGAAUCUUGUGGCAAUCAAAAAAUGCUGCCGCACCAUAACUACCGUGGUCCAAAUCUGCGGCGGGGAUUUCUUCUCGCGCCGCUUUCACUCCGACGGGGCCCACUUCUGGAAGCUUCUAAGCACAUCACCGUUCCAAAAGAAGAAACCCUUCUCCAAAGAAGAAAGAAUGCCUCUGCAACUCCCGUACAGAAAAAGCUGGACGGAAGAUUCUUCGUCAAACCCUUCGGAAAUCUCAAACCUAAAACUCCAAAUCGCGAUACUCGAAAUGAUUUCCGAUUUAUCCAAGAACAAGAGGAGCGCUCCGUCGUUGGACCCCGUUUUCAAGAAAAUCAGCGGCGUUGUGGUUGGCAUCGCGUGCAGCGGUGUGAAGGGCCUACAAGGUGCUUGUGAAAAUGCCCUAGUGGGACUUGCGAGCGUGGACCCCGAUCUCGUGUGGCUUCUUUUGGCGGAUGUUUAUUAUUCGAGGAAAGGGAAUAUUCCUUGUCCACCGUCGGAUGAGUUUCCGGAGAUUGGGGAAGUUUUGCCUGUACCGAGUUCGAGUAAAGAGUAUCUUUAUGUGUUGUAUGGUGGGCAGAGUUAUGGGUUUGAUGUCGAUUUUAAUGCUGUGGAGAUUGUUUAUAAGAAAUUGUGCGCGGAGGUUUUUACGUCGCAAACUUACAAAUAAUUUGUUCCGUGGAAAGAGAUGGAGGGUUUAGUGAUUGUGUUGUGUUAGAAUUUUGAGGUUUUAGGAUUAGGUUGUUUUUGUACAGGUAAUAUGGUUAUGUUAUUUUUAGUAAAAAAACAAGAAAAAAAUGGUACCAAUCUAUUCUUAUUAGAGGUGUAAAUCAGACGGAUCGGAUCGGAAUUAAGCCUUUUUGGAAAAAAAAAUCAUUUUUUUUCGGAA